AUGACUGGUGAUAAAGAGAAGUUCAGAGAGCUGGAUGAAGGUAUCAUUGACAGGGUGAAGUUUGGGGAUGGAUCCAUGGUACAGAUCAUGGGCUUAGGGUCUAUCGUGUUCAGUUGCAAGAACGACAACCAGUGGCUGUUGCAAGAAGUCUAUUACAUUCCAAGAAUGUGCAUCAAUAUCAUCAGCUUAGGACAACUUACCGAAGUUGGUCACAAGGUGACCAUGGAUGUUGAACAUCUACGUGUGUAUGAUGGAAGUCUUGAACAUGAUCUGUCCACACCGCUACCGAGUGGGAGCAGUAGUACAGACGAAGGACCGAUUCAUUACAGGCACAUCGAUGACAUCAUGAGAGAUGCUCGAAGGGUGGAGCUUGACGAGGAGGACAUGAAAGAAGAGGUCAUGCUCGUGGAGACGGAGGAGCCAUCUUGCUACCUUGAGGCUGCUGGGCAGCAGGUCUGGGAGGAUGCCAUGGCUAAGGAGAUCGAGUCAAUAGAGAAGAAUAACACAUGGACUCUCACAGCGCUGCCGGCUGGACAUAAGCUGAUUGGACUCAAAUGGGUUUACACACUGAAGAAGAACACAUAA